AUGUCCCCCUCCACCUAUCAUUACCCCAGUCCCCUCCCACUUGAAGGAGUCAAUGAUCUAUGGAGUGCCGGGAUGGAUGAUCCGAGCCUCGAGGACAUCGUAAGACAGCUUUCUGACCUCGAAGUGGCUCUGUUCCUGUGUCUUGUUGCGCGUGAACACUGUUUGAUUGAGACCACCGGAGAUGGUAUCCACGAUCUUGCGAAAGAGCUAGCAUUGGUCUGCUCACAUACCUUUGACCUGUCCUACUCCAUCCUGGAUUGUUCUGAGACAACAUCUAUCGGGGACAUUCAGCAUGAGAUCCUGACGGCAGACGCUCGGAAAAGUCAAGAGCGUCCAUCUUAUUUUCGGUUAAAGACUGCCUCGUCCAGCAAUCUUUCAUUAGGAAUGACUCCUAGAGAUCGCAGCAAGUCACCGAUCCCAAGCCUGCUUCCCACUGACAUCAAUGUGGUCAACAUCGUUAUUGCCAAGGAUUUCAACCUUGUUGACGAUGAUGUUCAAGUCCAGGUCUUGCAGUUAAUGCGAAGCAAGAAUUUGGUGACUGAAAUGGGCUUUUUGAAUGCCCCCGAAGAUUUCCUUUUCAUCCCUCUCGUGAACGAGCACCUAUUGAUUUCCCACUUCCAUAACCCCUCAGAUGGCUACGUAUAUCUUGAGGAGAAUGAUUGGCUAUCAGACGGCCAAUUAUCCGCGUCUUCUGUCAUUCACACGCCGAAGACCCAUGAAAAGAAAAGGGCCAAAAUCGACCACCUGGCAAUAGACAAGAUCCGAGAGGCGAGUGGCUCCGUCACAACUAGUGCGGAGGUGGCUAGUUGCUGGGGGGUUUCUGCUAAAGCGAAGAAUGAUUUUGCUCGAUUUGCCGAAUAUCUUGCGCCCCUCCAUGGCAUCGACUAUCUCACGCCAUCGAUUGUAGCUUUGGCUGCGAGGAAAGUCUUUCGCCAUCGCAUCGUCGUUGCAAAUCCCGAAGACGAUCGAAGUCUACAGUACGGGAGUGGUCUAGGGGCUAUCUCCUCCGUUCUAGUUGACGUUACGCCCGACUCGAUAUUGGAUGGGGUUCUCGCAUUAGAACCUCCAUUAUAA